UUACAGUUGUUAUUCGGAUAUGUGAUUCUUUUGAUUAUACAUCUGAAAAAAUUAUCUGCCCCAUUGUUACUUGUAAAAAAUCAAUACGUGUUUUUUACAAGCUUCAACCGCAUGUACUAAAGAAAUUAGUAUGUGAAACAGGAGAAAAGUCUGGCCUAGAAUUUUCCUAUAUUAAAUGGCAUCCUCAUAACAAAUGCAGCAAAAACUAUGAUGGUAAUUUGUUUAUUUACUAUACAACGUCUGUGCUGUGGACUGAAGAUAAUUUCCAGAGCUAUGCAGAGCAAGUCAAAUCAAAGCUACAAGAUUUUAACAUAACCGGUGUCUUAAUUCAUCAAAUGGAGGAUUUGUCAACCAUUUCACAGCCGAUGAUCUCAGAAACUGACUUCUGGAAUUAUAAGCUGACUUCAGAAUAUGAAAACCUAGUGAAGCAAAGCAGAAGACAAGCAGAUCCUGAUAUCGUUCCUACUGAAUUACAGGCCAUCCAAACAUUACUUACCGAGCUAAAGGAAAGCAGAAUUCGGAUUGCUGUAUUCUCACAUAAUGCUGUAGGUAAAAGUUUCUUUCUCAAUCUGCUCUUGCUUUUGACUGCUGAAAGUGAGGAGGAAUGUGAGAAUAACCACAGAGAGAAAAUGAUAAAACUACCAAAGGAGAUUGAAGGAGAUCCAACAGUUAAAAUGGUAAAGGAUGAAUAUUUUGAGGAACUGCCAGAAGUGAUUAAAGAUUUUAUUAGCGAUAUUGAAGAUGAGGAGCUAGAGUUCAAAGCUUUCGUAGAACCUCUAUGCCAAGAGUUACAUUUCGCCAAUGAAGAGGAGCCAAGGAGAAACACAGAUUUAUUCAACACACUGAGUGGUUAUUUCGCAGAUGGAGAACAAAUUAGCAUUGAACCUUACUUACUUCCACAGAAAUCUAUUGAUGGAGCUUUUUUCUCCACAACCAACUGUGUAUUACAUCUGAGAUAUGGCACUACCUUUCAAAUGAAAGUGGAAUAUUUUGAUGAGGCUCAAUUGCAAAAUCAGUUGUUUGAACUGGUACUGCUGUAUAAAGAGUCAGAUGAUAUAGAAUCUCAGUCUAUAUACAAAAAUAUGAAAAGCAACGCCUUGGAGUCACUGGAAUCAAGACUCGAAGUUUUAACUGAUUACAGCCAGCAAAAAUUUAGGUCUGAUCUGGAGUUGUUUACAUUUCCUGAUGACAUCAAACUUUGCGAGGAAGUUAAGACAUUUGCUGGCAAAACACAGCUGUACAUCGGAAGUGGAAUACACGCUGCUGAGGACAGAUUUGCAUUACAGGAACUUUUGAAUGAACUAACAAAUGAAGACAGCACAAAGAAAAGAGCGGCAAUCAAAAGCAUUGUGAUUUAUUUGCCCAGCAAGCUACUGUAUGGUGGUAAAGAAAUUUUGGAGUUGCCAGGAACAGAUCAGUCGGAUCCACUGUCAAUGAGUUUUAUACAAGAUGCUCUGGAUACAGUUGAUGCUGUGGUUCUCUUAUUGGAGUCCAGUUUUAAAAAUGCUGGACGAGAAGUUAAAAACACUCUGAAAAAUAGUGGUUUUAUGAAAAACUGGAUCAACAACCCAGAAAAGUAUAAACUGAUGUUCCUUUCCUACCCAGAAAAGGAAAACUGGUGCCAUAUUAGAAAAGAUAACUUAGAGAAACUAAGGCGGCUGAUUGAUAAAGAAACCGUAAAGAGGAAGAAGGAGAUGGAAGAAUUUGGCAAACUAAUACAUCCGAAUUCUCUGUCACAUACCAUGGAAAGUAAUAUAUUUACAUCGUAUGCGCUGCCUGUACUGUAUACUUCAAUUCACGCGCAGAAGGGAAUACCACAUCAGAUAAUUGAGGAAAAUUAUGAAUUUUUGAAGCAGACUGGAAUCAAUCAAUUAAUAAGUCAGCUUGAUAAAUGUAUUUUCCAGAGACAGACAAUCCAGAUCAAGGAGAUUGAAAACAAAAUGCAAGAUUUUCAAAAUGACAUCUAUGAUGUAAACAGUAGACGACCGAGCAAUAUUGAGACUGCUUCACAAAGCAUAAGUUUUGAUGAAUUAAACUUUAUAAAGAAAAAUGAAGAUCUCUUCAACAAUCUUAAAAACAAGCACAAGGAAAUAAUUACCGUAACUGUCAAUGGACCGAUGAAACAUGAAAUUCAAUCAUAUACGCCAAUAGCUGUGAGCAAGUGGGCUGAGAUGGAAAGCACAGUUACUAAAACAAGAAUUUUUAAUCCUCAGUACAAGGGAAAACAUCCCGAGUUCAAGGUUAAAAUGAUCAAUGUUUUGUUCGGUAAGCUCAUUCAAGAUAUAAACCCAAUUUUCGAAGAGCUGUUUUCCAAACUACAGAAUGCACUUACAGAUUACAAGACAAAGGCCACCACAAUGUUUACAGAGGAGCUGAAAGACCAAGGAAAAGCAAAUGUGCUCAUAGUCACUGGAAGGUCAUUGGAGUUUGCCUUGACUUGGUAUUUUGGGAGAAGGCGCUCUGGUUUGAAUGAAGACACCUUCAGGAAAAUUUUUGAAAAUCAUUUGCAGGAUAGUUUGAAUAAACACAUAUUAGAACCAGUCUUCAGAAGCGGCAUUAAAACCACUACGGAAAAUGUGAACAGUAACAUAGAAAAUGUUUUGUUGGAACUACAGAACUCUUUCUUAAUGAAUGUCAUUUCCCUUUAUGAUGAAAGGUGGCCUGAUAACCUUGCCAAGUUCAUGCUGCGUGCCCUCAGCCCUGUAUCACAACCGGGAUGUACUUUUUGUGGAGAAAUAAAGUGUUCAGUCUGUCAGUACAUUCACAGCGCCACCACCUUCAGAAGCUCUAGUACAAAGAAGACAUACAAUAUCAACCAUGUGGUGACUUGCACAACAAAAAGUGUCAUAUACCUGGUCACGUGCAAAAAAUGCGAAGUGCAAUAUGUUGGGCAAACUAGCAAUUGCAUACGCCGUAGGUUUGUGGACCACAUGUCUACAAUAAAAUGCAAGAAGCCGCUUUCACUUCCCAUGCAUUUCAAUAAAGCUGACCACUCUGAGCAGGAUAUAUCACUUCUUGUGAUUCAAAAGGUUGAAAAUAAAGAGAGGCUGCGUGAAAAGGAGCAAUAUUGGAUAAAAGAGCUUGAUACUAUGGAACCAAAAGGGUUAAACCGUAUAGGCUAAAGCAGUGCUUUAACACAGAGGUCCCCAACCUUUUUGGCACCAGGGACCGGUUUUGUGGAAGACAAUUUUUCCACGGACCGUGGGCGGGGUGUUUUGGGUUUGAUUCAAGUGCACUACAUUUAUUGUGCAUUUUACUUCUAUUAUUAUUAAGUUUAAAAUAUAAUAAAAUAUAUUUGCAACUUC